GACGUCUCGUAGCAUCAAGAUAAGCUUCGUAGUCAAUGGUGCUCUUGACAAAAUUCUGUUAGCACCACUUGGCCAAAGCCAAAUUUCACCGUCGCCAACCAUGGGCCAUCAUCAGCUAAAAAACGAAGCCGCCCUUAUUCAAUCAAUGGCGGCGCCAAAUCCUGCCCUCGUAGAGUUUCGUCAGCCUCCUGAUCCGCGAGUACCUGCCACUCGCCCCCAACCUAAAUCCAGUCAAAGGCCUGAUGGUGACGUUAAGGAUUGCGUAGCUGCGAGAAAAAUUCAGAAGGCUGAUCGCGAGAAGUUAAGGAGGGAUCGGCUUAAUGAACAUUUUACGGAAUUGGGGAACACUUUAGAUCCUGAUAGGCCCAAAAACGAUAAAGCAACCAUUCUUGCUGAUACAAUUCAGUUGUUAAAGGAUCUAACAUCUCAAGUUGAUAAACUCAAAGCUGAGCAUGCGACACUGACAGAAGAAUCCCGUGAGUUGACACAGGAGAAAAAUGAUCUUAGAGAAGAGAAGGCGUCUCUCAGAUCUGAUACUGAGAAUCUUACUACUCAGUAUCAGCAGAGACUCAUGGCCAUGGUCCCAUGGGCUACUAUGGAUCAUUCAGUUGUCAUGGCCCCACCUUCAUAUCCAUUCCCGAUGCCAAUGCCAAUGCCUCCAAGGCCGAUUCCCUUGCAUCCAUCUAUGCAACCAUAUCCCAUCUUUGGAAAUCAGAAUCCUGGGGUCAUUGCUAACCCCUGUUCAACUUUUGUACCAUAUAUGACUCCUAAUGCCAUGGUUGAACAACAGUCAGCACAAUAUGUAUCUCCAGCUGUGCAGCCAGGCAGUCGGUCUCAUGUGUCAGGUAAACAAGAUUCUGGAAGCAAAUCAUUUGGGGAGAGCAAGGUUGAGAAAAAUGAGGAUUCUAAUGAUGUCAUGACUGACCUUGAGUUGAAAACUCCUGGAUCGACUAUCGAACAGGAAUUGUCAUCUGGACAAAGAAAAUCCAAGAAGUCUAUAAGGAAGGAGAGUAACAUUACAGAUGGGAGUUCUUCAAGUAGGUGUUCUUCAUCUCGGAGCUUGCAGGAUAGCUCAUCCAAUAGCAUAGUUGGUGGCAGAAAGCCUGAUGACUCAGAAGCGGCAAAAAGUUAAAAAUGCAGAAAGCUUUUGCUAUCAUGGCAGUUCCGAGAUUGAGUUUUGGUGGGCAUCUCCAAUUCUCACUUUGUGAAGGCUGUAUGGAUCGUGUAUGAGGCUCAUUGUCUGCUUUUUCUUGUUGAGGAACAUGCCUUCAAUGGACUUCAAUGCUAAUGUAAGUGAAAGCUUGUUGUUGUAAGGAAGAAACUGACAGCAGUUUUAGCUUGUUCUUGGCUAAAGAAUAAAUAUCAGAGUAGGAAAUUUUCUAUUGUUUGAUUGGACAAACACUUAGACUAUAGGAUAAUAUGUUCAUAGUUUUGUAUUAUGUUAACAAAUUAGGUUUGUAGUUCUAGUUGUAAAUUUUAGUAAUAAUAUUUAUUCAACUGUAACUCUUAUGUUGGGUGUUUUGAUCAAUCAAUAACUUUGUAUUGCAUGGUAAA